AGUUCGUGAACUACUCAGCAGUGGAAUGUGCCCGGAUGUGGCUAAUGAAGAUGGACUAACAGCAUUGCAUCAGUGUUGCAUGAUAACAAUUUGGAAAUGUGUAGACUGCUUCUUCGAUAUGGUGCAAAUCCCAAUUCUCGUGAUACAGAACUGUGGACCCCAUUACACGCAUCAGCCACAUGUCAUCAUACGGAAAUGUGCAAAAUUUUAAUAGACCAUGGUGCAGACUUAUUGGCUAUGAAUGUGGACGGUAAUAUGCCAUAUGAAUGCUGUUUACCUGGACCGACAUUGAAUCUAAUUGAAAUGGAAAUGGAUAAAAGAGGUAUAACCCAAGAAGAAAUAGAUGAUUGGCAUCGAGUACCAGAAUGUGAGAUGCUUGCAGAUAUGGAGGCUUUAUACAAAGCUGGUGCUGAUCUUGAUAAAUUAGAUGCCCAGGGUGCAUCUAUGUUACAUAUUGCAGCUUCAAAUGGAUAUGAAGAAGUUACUUUAUUUCUGUUGAAACGAGGUGCGAAAAUUGACUUACCAGAUAAAGAUGGAUGGCAAGCUAUACACAUCGCAGCCUGUUGGUGUCAUCUAGAAGUAGUAGAACUACUUGUUAAUUUCGGUGCAGAUAUAAUGGCUGAAACAAAAAAUGGUGAGACAGUAUUCGAUAUAUGCGAAGACUUUGAAAUGCACAAUCGACUAGUCGAAAUAAAACAGGAAGUGGAAAGAAGAAAAUCACGAAUAGAAGACUUGCUUAGUCGACCUGGAAAACCACGUGAACUGCUACGUAGACGUAGCAGUACAAAUCCCAGAAGUGCGUCUAUACGAAGAACAAGUAUGCGGGAGAAGAAAAUGAUAUCUUGGAAGGAAGCUAAACAAGAGGCUGAAAUGCGUGGUGUACCUGCAGCAUCUGAUGAAAAAGAUGCUGUGAUACCAUCAAGUCCCAUACCUAACGGUUCCACAGACCGCGCUUUUGAAAAAUUUCCACCCUAUCCAGAAUCUCACGGACCAACAAGUCCAAAAAAUAUUCAUGGUUCCAUACGUACUUCACACUCUGGUCAUUCAUCCAAAGCCCCAAAUUCCCAGAUAUCAUCUCCAGUUUUAACUGGUGUAUUAACACAGCACGGUACUGCUCGACCAGGCAAAGUACAGCAAGGUGAAACUGUUAUCACUAUCAACGGCUCAUCUCCAUCACCUAAUCUUCGGAAUUCAUCUAGAAUCAAAGAGAAGGAUAUCAAUCAACCGAAACGAAGCAAUCCACCAUCUACCUCAUAUACUGAGUCUAGUCCAAUGGGCGUUCAUUGUCCGUCUCCUGCUACUCCGCACCGGCCACUUCACGAUAAGGAAAGGAUUGUAAAGGUUCCCUUAAAUAUAACACCAAACACAGAUGGAAUAGGUACACUGACACGAAGAUCCCAACAGACAGAAUAUGGCAGCAAAUCCCCACCACCUGGUACUCCAAACAUGUCUCCCUAUCAUCAUACCUUAAGUCCUCAACCUCGUCAGUCAAAGGGUAGAACAUCAACUGGACUCGAUCCUUCUCCAGAUCCACCUAUUAGUCAUCCCAAAUCUAAAAUGAAUAAUUAUGAAAAUAAUCAAACAUCUCUUCCUCGUCGAAACGGUAGUCAGGUGAUUGACUCAACUAACCAAACAGCUCGUGGCGAGAAAAAGUCCUUUACACGGAAGAAAAAACCACUGCCAACGGAACAGAAACCACCAAAAAAUGACAACAGAGAAACUGAUAUCUCUAUACAUAAUGCAUAUUAUGCGUUACCACCGAAUAAUCAGCCGCAAAACAAUCAUUUACGUAGUGAAGAACCAACUGAUAAUCAAAAUACUAUCCUUCGUUCUCCGAAUAUAAAUCGUAAUGAUUUCAGACAGUCAAGUAGAGUAAGAGCUAGUUCAGGUCAACAAAAUCCAUCAGGACAGGUUGUACAUGCUACAGCCUCUGUGCCAAGAAGGGAAUUAAUCAAUUAUGGAGAUGAUUUAGGCUCUAGACCGAGUGGUAAAUGCUGUGUAAUAAUGUGAUCGAACAGAUUAUAAUAUAAUAUAUAUAGAGGGGAAUAUUUCAUCUCAGUGAUAUUUGCAUAUAUAACAUUUUUAUUCAUUACAAAUUAAUAAGACCUUGUUGAAACUCUGUACAUAUCUAUUCACAUUCUCCUGUCUCCUCCCUACUUUUUCGGUUUCUCUUUUGAUUUCCUCAAUACUUUUUAUUUAGUUCAUAAUUAUAUAGUCCCAUAAGGAAGAAAACAGAUUUCCUAAUCAUUUUGAAGUUUGUUAUUCUAAAAGUUCAAUGAUAAAACAGUAUUUUUGAUCAAGUGAUUUUUAUUUCAAUGCUGUUCAUAUACUUCAUAAUCUUUAUUUUCAACAAUAUAAACAAAAUUUUCAGUUUAUUCAAUUUAACAGAAUGUUUCUGCGUUUGUGUGUGUGUAUACCCUGCGUUAACCACUCAUUGUGUUUCCAAAUAACCUACCUGUCCUAUUUUACAGCAUACCAUAUGACUGGUUUAACCACAAUCAGUAAAGAAGGUAGUAAAAUGCUUGGAUUACUUUUUCAUCAGCUCACAUAAAUUUUUUGCUGAUUUUCUUUUGCGCUGAACCCUUUGUGUACCGUUGAAAUGAAAAUAAUCCUCUUUUUCUACUACUAAAUAAAAGAAAAAUUGCUGUGGUAAACCUUUAUAAUGAAACCUUCUGAUUCCAUGAGUCCGUGUGAGAAAUAAAAACAAGAAAG